GAUAUUGAUAUUGUUAGUUAAAGUAGAGUAAGUAGAGUAGUAAGUUACAUGUACCAAAAUAAAAGUAGUGUGAUUUACAAGUGGAGUGUCAGAAGGCAUAUUAUCGACAGUCCAAUUGUAAUUGUAACUUGCAAUAAAGGGCAUCCAAAACCCAAUCCUAUUUUUCACCAAACCUUUGUGCAUUGGAAUUUGGAAACCAUAAAAAAAGAUUCCAUAUUCUGUGCACGCAAACAACUAGUAACAAAUACAACAAGCAACACAGAAAAAUAAGCUCCUUCAAUCAUUAUUUCCUUAUAACUUUCACAUAUACAACUCUUGUAGUAGUUUUCUAGCUUAACCAUGGAAAGAUAUGAGAUUAUUAAAGAUAUUGGCUCAGGAAACUUUGGUGUUGCAAAACUUGUAAGAGAAAAAUGGAGUGAUGAGUUAUAUGCUGUCAAAUUCAUUGAGAGAGGCUCCAAGAUUGAUGAGCAUGUGCAAAGGGAGAUUAUUAAUCACAGGUCCUUGAAGCAUCCUAAUAUUGUUAGAUUUAAAGAGGUGUUGGUUACUCCAACUCAUUUAGCAAUAGUGAUGGAAUAUGCUGCUGGAGGAGAAUUGUUUGAAAGAAUUUGUAGUGCUGGUAGAUUCAGUGAGGAUGAGGCAAGAUAUUUCUUCCAGCAACUGAUUUCUGGAGUUAGCUAUUGCCAUUCAAUGGAAAUUUGCCAUAGAGAUCUUAAGCUAGAAAACACACUUCUUGAUGGAAGUUCAGCUCCUAGACUCAAAAUAUGUGACUUUGGUUACUCAAAGUCAUCUGUUUUGCACUCUCAACCAAAAUCAACUGUAGGAACCCCUGCUUACAUUGCACCAGAGGUAUUGUCAAGAAGAGAAUAUGAUGGAAAGAUUGCAGAUGUUUGGUCUUGUGGGGUGACUUUAUAUGUUAUGCUUGUUGGUGCCUAUCCUUUUGAAGAUCCAGAAGACCCUAAAAACUUCAGAAAAACACUUCAGAGAAUUCUUAGUGUACACUAUUCAAUUCCUGACUAUGUUCGUAUUACACAAGAGUGCAGACAUCUCUUAUCAAGAAUAUUUGUUGCCAACCCUGAGAAGAGAAUUACCAUACCAGAGAUUAAAAAGCAUCCAUGGUUCCUAAAGAAUUUGCCACUAGAAUUUAUAGAGGAAGGACAAGGUAAUUUACAAAAUGAUGAAAAUGAUUCAUCACAAAGCAUAGAAGAAAUAUUGUCCAUAAUUCAAGAAGCUAGAAAAGCAGGGGAUGGCCUAAAAGUUGGUGAACAGUUUGUUGGGGGCAGUAUGGAUCUUGAUGAUUUAGACACAGAUGCUGACAUUGAUGACAUUGAAACUAGCGGUGAUUUUGUUUGUGCCUUAUGAAUGAUGAUGUUUGCUUUUUUUUUCCACUUUCUAUAAUUCUUCCUUAAAAGCAGUUUAAGAUAAGAUUUUUCUUUUUUCUUGUGGUUUUUAAUUGAAUAUAUGUUGUCACCGUCUAAAGUAAAAAAAAAAUUGUAACUUAUCUUUAACCAUAUAGUGCGUGUUUGUUAUCACAGUAAGAUUGUCAACAUAAUUAUCGUGAUAUCAAACAUUCACGUAAUAUAGACAAACGAAGAGAUGUAAUUGAGUGGGUUUUGAUG